UUUUCAUGUUUAGUUAUGCUUGGAUACACAGAUACCACUGCUGCAUGGCCUGCAGUAUUCAGUCCAGGAACCUGCUGUACAGGCUGUAGCCUAGGAUCAGUAAGCUGCACCUUACGGCCUAGGUGUGGAGUGGGCUGCACCAUCCAGGUUUGUGCCUGCCGAGGGGCCCAGACAGCUGCUGCCACCGCUCCCCGAAUCAAGAAAUUUGCCAUCUACCGAUGGGAUCCAGACAAAACUGGAGAUAAACCUCGUAUGCAAACUUAUGAAAUUGAUUUGAAUAAAUGUGGUCCUAUGGUGUUGGAUGCUUUAAUCAAGAUUAAGAAUGAAAUGGAUUCUACCUUGACCUUCCGAAGAUCUUGCAGGGAAGGCAUCUGUGGCUCCUGUGCAAUGAACAUCAAUGGAGGCAACACUCUAGCUUGCACCCGGAGGAUUGACACCAACCUCAACAAAGUCUCAAAAAUCUACCCUCUUCCACAUAUGUAUGUGAUAAAGGAUCUGGUUCCUGAUUUGAGCAACUUCUAUGCUCAGUACAAAUCCAUUGAGCCUUAUUUGAAGAAGAAGGAUGAAUCCCAGGAAGGCAAGCAGCAGUACCUGCAGUCCAUAGAAGAUCGAGACAAACUGGAUGGGCUGUACGAGUGCAUCCUCUGUGCCUGCUGCAGCACCAGCUGCCCCAGCUACUGGUGGAAUGGAGACAAAUACUUGGGACCUGCGGUGCUCAUGCAGGCCUAUCGCUGGAUGAUCGACUCCAGAGACGAGUUCACGGAGGAGCGCCUGGCCAAGCUGCAGGACCCCUUCUCUCUCUACCGCUGCCACACCAUCAUGAACUGCACCAGGACCUGUCCCAAGGGGCUGAAUCCAGGGAAAGCUAUUGCUGAAAUCAAGAAAAUGAUGGCAACCUACAAGGAAAAGAAAGCUUCCGCUUAACUCUUCUCAUGCUAACCAUGACCUGUAACCAGCUCAGCUGGACAUAAUUUAUAUCUAAUUUGAGUUUCCAUGAUUACAGCAUGUAAAAUAAAGUUUUAAGAAAAAAAUAAAUGUUAUUCUACUUUA